AUGGGAGAAGAAAAAGUAUUAUUAUUGGAUGAAGAAGAGGUGAAGGAACCAAUCACCUAUCAAUCACCACCAUCACCAGCUUAUCAAUAUCAAGGUCAACAACAACCACCUGUUUAUUAUAAUCAUAGUUAUCCACCACAAGCCUACCAACCGCCACAACAACAAUAUGCCACAGUAGAUAUCAGUGCUGACCACCAAUUAACUCAUAAAAGUGAAAAAGAUUUAAAUAACAUGUUGAUCAUCCUUUUAAUUGGAUUCUGUUUCAACUUUGUUUGGUUCGGUGGAUUCUGGUACUUAAAGUCACCAAACAAGACUGCUAGAACCUUGGCAAUCAUUUCGAUUGUUUUAUUCUUUGUUUCCUUUAUUCUUUCUAUUAUUAUACUCAGCAUUAUCUUCAAGGUGAUGGGAACCUGUCUCACGACUUCUAAUAUCCAAUAG